AUGCCCAUCAAUCCUGAGUACAUUCCCUUGCCGAAGAGCAAGGAAAUGUUCGCGAUUGCGUCGUGGCGGGACUCUCCAGGGCUGAACACGACGCCGGCCACGCACUCUGGCGUGUCUGCCAGUCCACAUCUCGCCUCAGCGGAUGCCCUGCGGAACGGCAAGGGAUUAGCUGGGUUGUACGCGACAACAACAACAACCACGAUGACGAACACGUCAGCUGCAGCUGGUGGUGCGCUUUUCUCCCCCGCUGUGCAGUCGGAGGAAAACAGCAAGGACGCUGCCAAGACCAAGACGCCCCUGGUGGCGUCAGUGUCAGGGGCAACCACAGGCAAGAAGAAGAAGCGGAAGUCCGGGUCGGGGGCAACGGCGAGUGCAGCGGGGUCCGGGGGUCGCCCAGAUGACGUGGAGGACUUCUUUGUGCACAUCCUCCUCCCCGCCUGCGUCUCGGCGGAGACGCUAGAGUUUGAGCUGCAAGCUCAGGCAACGCCGCUUAAGAGUAUCGAGGUGGGUCUGCCCAAAGUCUUGUUCCCACGCAAGCCCGCUGGUGAGAUCGGCGGUGACGCGAGCCCCCCGACGACCACGGCGUUGGCCCUGGAAGCUGUAUCCGGCAAAAUCGCCUCUUCUCCUUGCCGCGACUCGUCGGGGAAUCCUGCAAACAGCGAGCAGCUUGGGCUCCCGCCCAUGUACCUGCCUCCGGCGAACCUCCCACACCCAGCACCGAGUGAAAGCGCAUGUGGCUCCAUGCCAUCGGUAGCGGGGACGCAAAUCAACGGUAACGGUGCCGCCUCAGAGGCAGCGGCGUCUCCCGGACACCACGGCGGCGAGUUUCAGGUGUCCCUACUGUUUGCUGAGAGGGCAGAGGCAGAGAAAACUGUCACGUUUGUGCAGCGUCGGUGGCCUGCUGCCGCCGUGUCGCUUGCGUCCCGCAGCCGCAGUGUACUAAACGCCACCCUGGUGCUGAAAGGCAUGCCAAACCAGGCCAAGACGGAGAUGGUGCUCACAGAGAUGCAGAGGCUUCCACACAUGCCUUCGUAUGUCCGGCUGCUCCGCAGCGAUCGCGGCGUCUUCAAGGGUGUUGUCUUCGCCAAGUACGCGAACUGCGAGGUGGCGGAAGAAUGCAAGCUUCGGCUGGAGAAGUUUAUGCUCGGGUCCCGUCCUUUGAAAGUGGAGUUCAAGAAGAAGAGCACGGCAGCGGCGAGCGCGAGCGCCGCCAUGAUCGAAAGCAAGCGCUCUCUACAGGAGCUGGUGCGUGAGCUGCGUGUGAGCACCGAGCACGAGGGCUUCCAUCUCUCUCGCACCGACGUGGAGAAGGAGGCCCUAAAGGUUCUGAAGCAGCUCUGCCAGUCGUAUGGGCUUAUGUUUGACAUGAACGAUCAGCAGGUGACGGUGCGGCGGGUGCUGGGGGCGAAUGGCGCCGGCAGCGAGAAGCCAUCGCCAUCUCUGCGUCCGCAGCCAAUCACCCCCGCCUGGGCCCCGGCGACCCCGGCCCCGCUGCGUCCGAUGGACUUCAAAGGCAUCAGCCACUGGAAGGACAUCCGCAGCCAGGCCUCUACCCUGGGCAUCAUCAGGCCAUUGGGGCCGGAAGACGGCAAGCCCGCGUUUUCGAUGGGUCGCGGUCGACCUCUGUGA